AUGUCAUUUAAAUGGCCAUGGCAGUAUGAAUUUCCACCAUUUUUCACCUUACAAACUACCUUAAUAACUCGCGAAAAGCAAUUGGAAGCUUGGAGUCGAUUAGUCGUCGAUUAUUGCCAGUUUCAUAAAAUUUAUACGGUGAACUUGGCAGAUAUAUCAAAUUCGGAAUUGUUCGUUAAUAGUGCCCUCAAUCGGAAAUUGCCAUUGGACGGUGUACGAGUAGUGUUCGAUUAUCUUGAACAUAAAAGACAUAUCGACUGGUUAGAUAAAAGCAAAAAUCGGUGUCAUAUCUACUGGAGGCGUCCGGAGGAGUGGGCUAUACUGAUAUACGAGUGGGCAGUAAGUAACAGUUUACUCAAUACUCCCUGCACGUUAUACGAAAUAACACAAGGAGACGACGUUACACAGGAAUCUUUUUACGGUCUGGAUAAAGACGUAUUGUUGAAAUCGUUAGCAAUUCUUGUUGAACAACGUCGUGCUCAGUUGUUGAACAGUGGAACCGGAACAGAAGGCGUGAAAUUUCUGCAAUAA